AUGAGCCAAGGGUUUGGGCAAACAGCGACGCCUGUUAGCGUCAUACGGGGUAUAAUUCAGCGAUAUCCAUACUCUCUAGGCCAGAUUUCAGAGAUAAAGCAGAACUCAGAGGAUGCAGGGGCGUCGGAACAGGUUUUCGUUCUCGACCACCGACAACAUCCAACAAAAUCGUUGUUUCACCCAGGACUGGCAUCAACCCAGGGACCAGCGCUGUUAGCGUACAACGAUGCCGAGUUCAACGAUAGCGACUGGCAUGCUUUGCAGUAUGCCCAUGAAUCAUCUAAAGUAGAUGAUAUAUCUAAAAUUGGCAAAUUUGGUGUCGGAUUCCGAUCCCUGUUCAAUAUUACGGACUGUCCUCAAAUCAUCUCCGGAAAUUACAUAGCAAUGUUUGACCCUUUAUCGACGUUUACUGGGUCGCCAGGAUUUAAAGAAAAUCUUUCGUCCAUGAUUACACAUUAUCCGGAUCAAUUGGCGCCCUUCCUCUUCUUUAUACACGAGGGGCGUAGAGACUUCAAGGGGACUGUCAUUCGUUGCCCGCUGAGGACUGAACCCAGCAAAAUCAGUUCGAAAGUUGUGCAGCCCGAAGAGCUUGCUUCAGAAAUUUUUUCCAAGUAUAUCGACAGAGAGCUCGCAAUAUCCCUUCUUUUCCUCCGGCACUUACGUUCGGUAAAAUUCCAUCAAGUUGAAGAGACAGGGAUGCACAAACGUUUAGCAACCCUCUCGGUGUCAGCGUCACACGUCAAUCAUGGGUUGGAAUGGGAAACAUAUCUUUUUACGACUACGAUUAAACGUGACUCGGACCCUUUGGUCAAAACCGAACAAUGGCGCAUUCUCCAAUGCUCGUUCUCAAAGGAUGAAGCCAUCAAGCUCCUUUCACAGACCUUUCCAGGAGAUGCCACUGAGAUCCUAAGAAACAACAAGCUAACGCCAAACAUUGGCAUUGCAUUCCCUUUGGAUGCGAAGUCCAGCACGGGGACAUCGGGUCAGCUUUUCAUGCAUCUGCCUUUACCGAUAUCCACAGGGUUCCCCGUGCAUAUUCAUGGAUUGUUUGCUAUCGAGGAAUCGCGACAGCACCUUGUCAACCCACAGACAGCAGGUAUCGUACAUGGAAGUGAUCGGCAUCUCACCAUCUUGUGGAAUCGCUUGUUGUUCGACCAUUAUAUCCCACAGGCAUGGAAGAUACUAAUCGAAAUUCUUAUUGAAAAGGACAACGUUCCAAAGGUCUUUGAUACUUGGCCACCCCCUCAGGGAUCUCCUACCAGUGGCGAGGGUGUCUACUGGAAUUUGAUGCCUCAGCGCGUCUUCGCUGCAAUAACCUCUUCCCUUUCGCAUGCCUGGCCACUAUAUCAGCACAGCCAAUCACCUUCGUUGAGCAUCGAGUACAAAACACUCGAUGUUGUUAUAUCCGCGGAACCAAAAACACCACUAGCAUUGCUGGAUGCCCUCACCGCUAUGGGGCUACAAUUUACCUGCCCGCCUCGAUAUAUUCAUGGCUUGAUUAAGAGCUCGGGCGGGUUCAGGUUCUUAUCCCCUGAGGAAGCCCACAAAUCACUACUCGAGAGAGAUACAAUACGGAUUGCUUCAAAAGGUGACAAGAAAAUAGUUAUCGAAUAUCUACUUUCCAGUGGGAAUGUGCAAAACCUUAUUGGUCUGCCCAUCAUCCCCGUCGUCGAUGAUCGUACAGUGUCCCUAUCUGCUAAGGGCAUCCCUGGAAUAAGGUCUUACACUAUGUUAAGUGAAGUCGAGUACAAUGUCUUCGGGGCAUGUGAUGAUGAGGCUAUUCCUUUGCAUUUCCUUCCUGUGAAAGCAGCGGAGAGUCUCCGAACUUUGGGACCGAUGCAUCUCAAUGUUGAAACACUUUCUAUACCCCGCAUCGUUGAAUAUCUCUCGAUCUACCCGAACAAGCUUGGACUAGACUUAUCCCUCCUCCGCACCGACCCUCGAGCUAUCAAGUGGCUUUCGGCGUUUUGGUUUUGGACCAGCACUUACGACCAGAAAGAAGAGCUGUUGAAAAGUGUCCGCGAUCUCUACCUCUUGCCAUCUACACAAGGCCUACGGAAGGUAAUGACGCCUUUAUUCAAAUCGCUUGGGGAACAUCCAAAAAUAGUUCGACAUCUAUCUUUGGUUGGCAUACCUUUCCUCGACGCAGACGUUAGCCACGUUUCUCAGAACAUCAUUGAAUCUCAUCAACUGGUUCGAAAAAUCUCAGACAUUCAUGCCCUUCUGGAAUCCUUGCCUCAACCAUCCCCUGGUGCUCGUGGGCCUACGUUUUCCGCGGAUACGUGCACUACCAUUCUAAGGCACGUGGUCGGGAAUGCCGCAGGGUGCGUCAUGCGAAAUGGCCCUUUCACUAUGGAGCACAUUGGCCGAUUGAAGGGCAUGCCAAUUUUUCCUAUUGCCACCUUCCCACCUUUGAACUCUGCAGGUAUUGUUGUUACCUGGGAUCAAAUACCACAUGAAGUAUCUUUGAGAGCAGUCGACAAUCCGCCUUUCUUGCCAAUAGUAGAAGGGGUAGCAUUUAUUCAGCUUGACACAAGUAUUUCAAAUCUUUUGGACUAUCUUGAGCCGGAUACGUCGAAACGAUUGUCAGUUAUUGACGUCCUUUCUUUGACGAUCAAACACUUUACUUCUCAGCCGGACCAUGUGAAGGUGGCCACCUUGUCCUACCUCAAUCGAUAUCGUAACCAUGUUCCCCCCAUAGUUUUUCAAACAUUACGCGACAUCAAGUUUGUCACUGUGAUGGACGGCUCGCAGCAGAAAGCCGUCGAUGUGGUGGACCCGAAAUCAAAAUUACACGCGCUUUACGUAUCCAGUCCGUCAUUCCAAGCGCGUGCGGUCUCAGACUCAGAGAAGAAGAUCGUCAGUCUGUUGCAAGAUUUGCGCAUGCUGCGCUCGGCCUUAACCACAGAAAUAGUACAGGAACGUAUCGAGCAUAUUUCUAGUUCAUUAUCCCCAGGUGCCAUCGAAGUCUCGAGGGCGUUGCUGAAUCUCAUUAUCAGCUCCCGCUUUGAUUGCUCGGGACUUCGACUUAAUCCCAAACAAAAAUGGCUACCAACCGAUAAAGGAUUGCGCGGUUAUGCAGAAUGCAGGGAUGGGAAUCUAACCAAUCCUAAUCUCUUUGAUCGAGUUUUGGAUACCAUGGACUCGUUCAAAAUUCCAUCGUCGUUGAUUCACGCUCUAGGAUGGGACGCCCCCCUUUCAAGAGAGGUUCUAAUCAACCAGCUCGAACGAGUCCUAACGGAGGAAGAUGGCAACUUUAUGAAAGUUCAUGAUAUCGUCAAAGAGCUCAGCACUCGCUCCUGCAACCCAACAGACUUUGCUGAGUUGAAAAGGGUAACUUCCGGGCGAAAGUGGGUACCAACCACUGAUAGUCAUCUUGUGGAAACGCAAAACGCCGUAUUUGUUGUCUCCAUUCCAGAAUCGGGCUUCUAUCAAGUGCUUUCUCUGGACAAAAAGAUGCGAGAAUUUUUGGAGCUGAUGGGCUGCCAGGAAAGUCCCACUACCGAAGCCAUUAUCGCUAAUCUAAAGGCCCUUCGAGAAGAGCCCCCCUCUUUGCAUAACCUCAGCAUGUCUCUUAACAUGCUACGAUCAUUGAAAUCUGACUUCACGGACGCUGAGCGUGCUCAAAUCCUCGUCCCUGACGCUUCAUGCCAGUUACUCCCGAUUGAGGAACUUUAUUUCAAUGACAUUGGUAGUCAUGCCAAUCUUGUGUCCUCUGGUGAUGACCGCAUUGCUCAUGAACUUUUGGAGGAGCCAUUAGCGAGGAAACUGGGAUUGAAUCGGUUAGGUUUGAAAUACGUCGACUUCAGUGAUUCAUACGUCGACAUGGGUCAACAUCUAGUCACUACUGUGCGCAACAAUCUAGAGCAGUAUAAAGAUAAACAGUUUGCCACAGAAUUCCUCGCAAACGCAGUUGACGCUGGUGCUACUCAAUUCUCACUGCUUGUCAAUUAUUACCACCCCAUUCUAGAUGAGAACAUCCGGGCACUCUCAGAUUCGAUGAUUCCGUUUUGUACCUCACCUACUUUGGUGGUGUAUAACAACUCAGUAUUCACAGAUUCUGAUUUUAUUGGUAUCCGGCGAACAGGGAUCGGAGGCAAGGAAGGGAAGGGAGAUACAAUAGGUCAAUUUGGACUUGGGGCACUUACGAUGUUCCAUUUCACCGAGAUGGCCAUCGUUGUAUCAAACUCGAGUGUAUUGUUUUUGAACCCUUCGAAAGAACACCUACCUAUCCGUGAUCAGGCAUCAUUAAUGCUACCUCUCAAGCGUGUUCGGGAGUAUUAUCCCAGUCAUCUUGCUUGCGUGGAUGGUUUAUUCGGUUUCGGAAUCGCGAACGAAGGAUCAUUCCAAGGGACCAUAUUUAUCCUUCCCCUUCGUAAUAGUCGACACUUGAAAGGAAUUGAAACCAAGGCCAUAUCUCAACGCACUUACACAGCCGAGGAUAUCAACCACAUCCUACAAGACUUUAGACGCUCAGCAAUUGAUGGCUGCUCGGCAAGCGAGUGUUUACUUUUUACCGGAAUUGAUACUAUCACCAAGCUCAACCGCAACGCUAUGGGGGAUUUAGAAGAGUCAUGGUCUGUUUCUGCCCAUCGUAGCGAGGAAGAAGUUGAACCGGAUACUGGAUUCUCCUGCGCCCAAGUUAACAUCACUGACAGUGAGGGCAGUACUUCAACUUGGCAAACCGUCAAGACGUCUGUGGCAAAGUCAAGUAUACCCCAUGAUAUCCUCACACCCAUCUUAUCUACAAGUAGACCAAGACUGCCUGCUUUGGCAGGUCUUGCAGUUUUAAGAAACGCAACUUCUCAUAGUCCACAGCCUCACAGGUUUUUUUCGACUCUACCUCUAAGUCUUCAAACAUCACUCCCAGCGCAUGUAAUGGCUUCUUUUCUAUUAUCCCCCGAUAGGCGAAGCAUACGGCUUGAUGUACUAGAGAAUAAGUUCAACACAUGGCUUCUCUCUAACGUCAUCCCACCAUUGUACCUCUGCUUACUUCAAAAAUUGCUUCUAUCACACGACACCAAUAAAUCUUGGUGGCCAGGACUGCCUCGUCAUCAAACGGAGGACCCAUAUUCUCGAUUAAUUAUCGACUCCUUUUACUCAAAUCAUCUUAAAGAGUCUCAUCGACAAGUGUUACGCAGCGCAUAUGAUCCAGAAAUACGGCUUACACCUCAGGAAGCUGUUCUUUCUGGGGAAGAACCGGCCAGCGUUGAGAGGUUGUUAUCCUUACUUCGCCCAGCUACAGUUGCAAAACCUUCAAAAAGUAUAUUUCAAUUGAUGAAGAAAUCAAGUCUUUCCGUUGUAUCUCCGGAAUUUGUGAAAGCUGAAAUCGUACGAGCCGCGUCUUCUGGGAUCCUCUCCCCCAGUCUCUCCCGUUUCCAAGAUAUUGAAGAAAUCAUUGCGUAUUUUCUUGGCGACCAAAUGGAUGGAGUGGCAAAUAUGCAUGGUGCUCCUAUACUUCCUCUUGAAAGCGGCACCCUCGGCACUCUACAAAGUCGCAGUAAUGCUUCGUUCAAUUUCUAUGCAUGGAUGCCGAAAACGCCAUCCACGCACCACAAUUUCCCUCAACAGUACUUUGUUCAUCCACAACUUAAAAGGAAGCUAAAAGAAGUAUUAUUGAAGAUUGACGUUAAUGUCGCUAUUCUUAAUACUGAGUCACUCAGCAUGUUUAUUUCGGCCAAAUUCCCUUUGCCACUAUCAUUUCCCUUCGAGGCUUCCCCAGAGCUCUCAGAUUGGAUCGGCGACUUCUGGGAAACUUGGGACGAGUACAACCACCUCGGUCUUGUCACAGAUGACAUAUCCAACCUUCCUCUGGUACCACUUGUUCGCAAUAAUUGGUUCGCUUCUUUAUCGAGCUGUAAAGACGUGUCGACUUUGCUGGUGGAUGGUAAUACCGAGCAGUACGAACUCAUACGGAUGUUUCUUGCCCGCCUGGGUUUAAACAUCGUCCGAGUAUCAGAUAAUGGCAUUCCCCCCUCUCUAAUGGACAUAUUCCGCAACGACGGCUAUCCGAUGUUCAACCUCGAAAAUGUAUUGAAGGCUCUUCCAGGACCUUUACAAAGUAACAUAACGGAGAUCGUAUUAGAUAUGCCUCCCGACGUGCAAGACGCUUUUGCGAACUGGGUUCGUCGUAGUAUCGACCAUGAAUUACCUCCAGAGCUCCAACCAGUAGCGCAGAGACUCCCGCUGUGGAUUGGCGCCCGUUCUGGAUCAGCAGAGGAACUGUGCACAGCUUCAGAUGUUUAUAUGUUACCAGAGGGUCUUCCCUUGACUAUUGCAGGACCUUUUAUGAGAGUAUAUGUGGCUGAAUAUGGCGCCCUUCGUUUCUUGAACGGCCCUCGUAUUGACUACGACCAGCUCAGGGAGAUGUUAAUCCUUCCUGAUAUUUUAUCACCUCAGGACCUGCAGUCUUACCGACAACUUCUGGAAACAUGGCUACCUCGAUUGGUCCCUUCUUAUAGCACUGUCAUCCCAGUUCCGAACUGCAACUCUAUAACUCGAGAUUCAAACGUAUUGUACGCCAGAGAACCUCUGUUUGAGGCGGUAUUUGGUCUUCAUUCAGAUCGUUUUAUACACCCUGAAUUUCAGCAACUCGAUCAGGCACUGCAGAAAUAUGGUCUUAAAUCUGAGAGCAGCCUCAACUUUGAAAGCUUUCUUGAAUGUGCAGAGGUUCUCGACGCUAUGAGCGAAGAGGAUGAGGAGGAUAAAGCAAACAGAGCUUCUAUUCUUUUCGAAGCGUACGGAGAAAUCCUGCCUAUGCGUGUCCCAGCAAACAGGGAAGAUCUUUGGCAUGAUCUAGAUGAAUAUGCGUUUAUUCCGAGAGACAUGUCCGCUCGUCGCCUGCUUCCUAACGAGGACACCCGACUCCCUGGUUUGAAUCUCCCGUCAAAUGUGACCGCACUGGGGCGAGUUGUAACUCCAUCUGAUCUUGUAAGAAAAGAGUACGAGUCUGUAGCGUGGAGCCAAAGGGCAAGCUUUGCCAAUCAACCUCACCAGAGAGUUAUUAUGGCGUACCCCAAACUGGGCCAACCGAGCGUCACAGAAGUUAUAGCACACAUUCAUUUUCUAACUCGUUUGGAGAACUUGUCGUCCUCACAGCGCCGCAUCGUUAUACAUGAUGUGAAGGAGUCAUACCGGUUUCUCAACGAACAAGUGAUAACAGCGGGUCAAUCUGUCAUCCCACCUGACACCCAACACCAGCAUAUAUUCCUCAAUGUAAAUGACCAAGAUUUAGACGAAUGGAUAUGGGACUGCGCUGAGCAGCUGGUAUUUGAAAAGCAAGAUAUUGAUGCUCACAUUCGGCAUGUUCGUAGAUUUCUCCUUCCGUAUGAAGAACUGCUACGCGCCGCAGGGGCGGUGGAUGUUUUCCAUCCACAAUAUCCGUCGAGUCAGACACCCGCCAGCUCUAGCUCCAAGUUGGAACUGCUUCGCGCGGGGUUCCAAAAAUUAAGAGAGGAUAGCAAGCUGUUUGAUGUCGUAUUCGUCAUUGGAGAUCUUAGUGAUCCCAGCGCGGAACGUUUAGUAGGCCACAGAAGCUUUUUGGCUGUUUGCAGCGAAUACUUCAACGAUCGCUUCUGCGGAGGAUUCAAGGAAGCUAAGGCUGCAUCCUCUGAAGAACCAAUUCUGUGUGACGUUUCGGAUUAUUCCGCAGACUGUGUUCGUGCGGUUCUAGACUACAUCUACAAGGGAACCCACCCAGACGUUGAAAGUCUUCCGAUUGAACAUGUUCUAGAUAUCAUGCAGCUGUCGAGCUAUUGGACACUUGCCGAGUUAUUUGAGGAUAUUCAAAGAGAGAUAACGAACAAGGUUCUUAAACCGCAGCUUAUUGAGCAAGUCAAAUUAGCGGCAUUGAAAGCGGAUGCAGAGAAUCUCUACCGAAGUUGCCAGGAGUACGAAGACAGAAAUGCAACCUUGAUGCACAAGGCAACCUGA